AGCGCUCGGUAAAUUCGAACAGAGAAUUUUUUUCAAGAAUUUCGAAAAUUUUUCAAAAAUUCUUUUGAUUCUUUUUCGAUAUGAAUUCGCCAAAAGAUUGUAAUGAUGAUGGUGAAAAAUUUCAAUGGCAUCGAUCUUGUAUCGAUGAUUAUAACCUAUUGGAUUUAAUCGGACAAGGAUCAUUUGGUCGUGUUUUUCGUUCAUAUUGUACAGUGAAUGGUCAAGAAUGUGCUGUAAAAUGUAUAUCGAAACAAAAUCCACAAACAAAUUUACAAAAAAUUCGUACCGAAGUUUAUAUUCAUAUUCGUUUAAAUCAUCCAAAUAUUUUACAAUUAUUUACCGUAUUAGAAGAUUCAAAAGCUGUUUAUCUUAUAAUGGAAAUAUGUAAUGGUGGUUCAUUAGCACAAUUAAUCGCCAAACAAAAAUCUCAUAGUUCUAUCCGUCCAAUUCUACCAUAUAAAUUAAUCGGGUCAUUAUUGUUACAAAUCUGUGAUGCACUCGAUUAUUUACAUCGUAAUUCAAUUGUACAUCGUGAUUUAAAUCUAAAUAAUAUUCUUCUUCAACGACCUUAUUGUUCGAAAUCGGCGACAACAACAAAAAUUAAAUUAGCCGAUUUUGGUCUGGCAAUUGAUCAACGAUUAAUGUCCAAACAUCGUUCGCCAUCGACAACGACGAUCAACCAUCAGCCAAAUGAUGAUAAUGAUGAUUUAUUUGGUUCAACAAUCUGUGGUACACCAGGUUUCAUUUCGCCUGAAAUAUGGAAUCAAAUACCAAGAUCUGUUUCAUCAAAAAGUGAUAUUUUUAGUUUAGGUUCAAUUGUUUAUGCUUGUAUUACCGGUCAAACACCUAAAAAUGAUAUUAUUCUUGAUAAUUCAUUUCCACCAAUGGCAGCGGAUCUAAUUACCAAACUAUUGAAUCAUAAUCCAGAAAAACGAUUAGAAAUUAAUCAAAUAAAACAACAUAUUUUUGUUAUUGGUCAUAUCGAUACUCGACGUUUGAAUCCGAUUGAAAAAACAACCAAUACAUUACGAAUGUCAAUCGAUUCGAAACAAAAUGUUCGAAUGUAUUUCCGUAAUGAUAAUCUUACCAUUGAUGUUUAUCAAAAUGGUUCAUUGAUUAAUAUUCAUCAUAAUCAUGAAGAAAAAUAUAAUUUCUAUGAUUUACCGGAAAAAUAUUGGAAACAUUAUCAAUUAAUAAUCAAAUUUAUCAAUCUGGUACGUUCAAAAACACGUAAAAUAAUUAUUUAUUGUGGUGAUUGGUUCAAACAACAGCCAAAUAAUGGAAAACCUACGAAAAAAUUCAUCAACAAAUGUACAUUAAUGAAUGAUGGUCAUUUUGAAAUAAAUGUUUAUGAUCGAAUUUUGGAUGAAAAUCAAUGUUAUCGAUUGGAUGAAAUCACUGCCAACAACAACAACAACAACAACGACAACGAUCAAUUUGAUUUUAAACCACAUUUAGAUAAAUUAUUUAAAUUAUAUUCAAUAAUUUAUCAAUUGGAACAAACAUUAGAAAUUCAAAGUGAAACGAUUGGUAUCGAUUUGUUUCCAAUUACAAUCGGUUGUGAUUCAAUGAAAUCAAUGAAUGAAUCGAAUACAAAUACCACCGCAAAUAACGGCACAAGAUUAACAGAAAAUAAUUCAUUUUUAACAAGUAAAAUUUUACGUUCCAUUCCGAUCAAUGGAAUUGGUCAUGCAAUUCAGUUUACAAACGGUUCGAUUAAAGUAAAUUUUGAUGAUGGUUCCGAUCUUUGUAUGGAUCGUGAUAAUCGUAUCUAUUAUCUACAUGAUGGUAUUCUUGAUCGAUUUCAUAAAAAUGAUAAAUUACCCGAUUUUAUUGUGGAUAAAUUGGCACAAAUUCCACAGGUUAUUGAACGUUUAAAAAUUUCUUAAAAAUCAAUCAAAUCAAUAAUGAAUUGUACAUUUCGUUUUAUUUAUUCAAAAUAACAUGACAUUUUUGU